AUGCGGGUGGUGUGCAUCUCGGACACCCACGGCAAACAUGACCUCGUGGACGUACCGCCUGGAGAUAUCCUCAUCCACGCCGGAGACUUCUCCAUCAUUGGCACGCACAACCAGCUCCGGCGAUUUGGCGUGUGGCUCUCGGCGCUGCCGCAUGCACACAAGAUCGUUGUCGCCGGCAACCACGAGUACUCGCUGGACGCGGCAUGGUACGUCAAAGGAGGCGGACGCAAGCGGCACAAGGCAUUCCAAGACCCGGCGAUUUCCAAACAAAUUCUGUCAAACGUGUGCAUUUACCUCGAGAACGAAGCCGUGGACGUCCUUGGCGUGCGCAUCUACGGAUCUCCGAAUUCCCCCGUCAUUCCUGGGCACACCAUGGCGUUCAACUUGAUGCCUGGCACCGCAUCGAGUUCGCAUUGGAAAGCUGUUCCAGACAACGUUGACAUCCUCAUCACACACACCCCUCCGCAUGGCAUCCUUGACAAGAACUUUCGAGGUCAAACUUGUGGUGACGAAGCGCUGGCCGCCGAGGUGUUGACUCGCAUUCGGCCGCAGCUUCACGUCUUUGGCCACAUUCAUGAAGGAUACGGCACUGUCCUGAUCAACGAGACGACUUACGUCAAUGCUUCCUCGUGCAACCUCCGGCACCAGCCCGAGAACCCUCCCAUCGUGUUCGACAUCGGCUCGCCGGCGCAAUGA